AUGGCUAACCGUCUGCAGGUGAUCCUCCCGUCAGUUAUAAACGAGUUUCAAAGUGCGUUUGUCCCUGGGAGACUAAUUUCAGAUAACAUCAUUCUGGGUUUUGAAACAUUGCACUGGAUGCAAAACCACCGUCAAAGCAGGAGAGGUUAUGCGGCCCUCAAGCUGGACAUGAGCAAAGCUUACGAUCGCGUCGAAUGGAACUUCUCAGAAGCCAUAGUGAGGAGCUUGGGGUUUGAUCAAUCUUGGGUCGAGAAAAUUAUGAAGUGUGUUCGCUCGGUUACUUUCUCUUUUAAGCUCAACCAACACAGUUUCGGGGCAUUAAAACCGCAUCGUGGCAUCCGUCAAGGUGACCCACUCUCGCCGUAUUUAUUCGCAUUGGUUUCUCAAGGUCUCUCCUCACUCUUAAUUCAUGCCAAACAGAAGAAAUUCUUUAGAGGGAUCCGUAUUGCAAAUAAUUGUCGGAGUAUUUCCCAUCUUUUUUUCGCCGACGACAGUCUAGUUUUUUUCAGAGCCGAUACUCAAGACGCGGUCCACAUUCAGAAUGUUCUGCAAAUUUACGAGAAAGCGUUAGGACAAGUAAUUAAUUUCGAUAAAUCAUCCCUCUCUUUCAGCCCGAACACUCUUCCAGAGGUUGCCUCCAGUAUAAAAAAUGUAUUCAAAAUGACUGUUGUUCAAGGUCAUGAAGUAUAUCUGGGCCUCCACACGUUCUCAGCUAGAAGUAAGCGUACUCAGUUCGGGUAUCUGAAAGAGAAAGUUGCUGAUAAAAUUCAAAGCUGGAGACACAAAUAUUUUUCGGAGGGAGGUAGAAAAGUUCUUCUAUAA